AAUUGUAUUUUUUAAAAAUAAUGAAUUAAUCUUUCCGCCUAAAGAAUAUGAAAUUCAUUAUGAAAAUGAUAAUACUACAACUAAAAUUAAUUCUACACUAAUGACUGAAAAUGAAAUUACUUUUCUUCUUAUCGGCAACAAUUUGUACUAUCAUGCAAUCUAUUACAAAGAUACUCCAGUUUUUAAAUUAUAUGAAAUGAAUAAAUUUUUUAUUACAAAACCUAAACAGAUUAUCGAAUAUUCUCAUACAGAUG